CCCCAGCCCCAAAGAAUGCUGCACCACCAUCCAAAUAAUCUCCUCAGUGCUCUUCUUCUUCUUCCUCCUCUUCUUCCCCUGCUCCUCAUCAUCUUCCCCUAUUCCCCCGUCCAAACUCUGCACUACAAUCCAAUACCCACCUCCCUCUGCACUGCCAUCACGCUUCCUAUCCACUACUUUUUCUUUCCCCUUUCCUUUCCCCCCCUCCUUCUCUUUCUUCUUCUUCUUCUUCUCCCCCUUAACAGCCCUCUUCUCCUUCUUCCCUUCCUUCCUAACCUCCCCUUUCUCCGCACGCAACCUCUUCUUCUCUUCCCGAAACCUAACCCUCACAUCUUUCCACUGCCGAUCCUUCUUCACAACGCCCUGAUUGCGCAACACCUGCGUUUCUUCGCGAUACGCGGCACGUAGCGCGCGUUUCUUAUCCUCCAGAUCCAUCAGCAUCUUGCGUUUCUCCGGGCGCAGCGCAGGGUCAGCUUCUAGAGCGGUGGCAUCGUCGCUGUUGUGAUAUUCGUUGUCGUUGUCGGAAGCAGUGAAGGAAUCGAUAUCAGAUUCCUCCUCCUCCUCAGAGGUAGCAUGGGGAGCGAGACCCAUCGUUUUCUCGUCCCCAUCGGUAACAGCAGGGCGACUUGUAUAUCCCACUCCCCGCACCCUUUCUUUCCCUGCAGAUCCGUGAACGAUACCGUGUCCCUGCUCCUCCUCCCACUCGACCGCCCUGACUAAAGGAAACAGCGCCCUGACCUUUUCUUCCCCUGUCCUCGCAUCCUCAACAUCCCGUCCAAUCUUCUUAAUUUCCCUAACUUCCUUCUUUCCUACCCCGCUUGAUGACGGCGAUGCCUGGUCGAGUAACGUAUCUAAAAGCGCCGGGAGAGUCUUGACAUCGACUUUUAAGCCGCGCGAGGCGAAGAAGACUUCGUUGGAGAUUUCGAGGUACGAGGAUAUGAGCGGGGUGGAUAUAAUCGCUGCGGAUUGCGUAGGCGAGGUCGUGGAUGAAGAAGAUGAUGUGUGAGAGGAGAAAGCGGAAAGGGAGAGGGAAGGGUGGGAGAGGAGUUCGUUCAGGCCAUCUACGAAUUCGAGGAAUGUUGGUUUAUCGAUGGAGUGGGGUUGUAAAGCUUUGGAGUACGCGCGGCAGAACUGCAAUGUUGUCCCGCUAUUCUUCUCUUCUUCUGCUUGUCUUGCGCUAUUUUGUUGAUUUUUCGUCGAUAACGAGGAGGAGGGUAGUGUGAUGUGUUGGGGGAUAGCGACGCAUCUGCCCAACUUCUUUUCUUUGCUCUGGGUUGGAGCGUCGCUGGUCGAAUGAUAGCUCUCAUCUUGCUCGCCACCGCCUUGUUCGUUAUCUUUUCUAACGAAUUGUAGCGCAGCGCUGAGAAGUCUUCCCAUUUCCUCAGCAGCGGCGGAAGCAGAUGUACUCUGCUGUACCUGAUCUUGGUGAUAUGCGGCUUCAUGGUUGCUUCGUCGUGGAGUUGUUACGCCUCUGUUGUUACCACCAUCAUUCCCUUCAAACCCCCUUCCAUAUCCUUUCUCAACCACAUUGUCUCUUCUACUAACGCUCACGUUCGCACUACUAUUAUCGCUAACAACGUCCUCAUAGCGUGGCGGCGGCGGUAGCGCAUCUAAGUCCUCAUAAGCCGGUCCCCCGAUCUGGCUCUCCGUAGGCGUAUGUAAGUAUCCGCUUCCAUCGAGCUCAGCGUAUUCAUAAUUGUCUUCGCUAUGAUAGUUGUUGUAUGAACGUAAAGUUAGGCCGGUGUUGCGGGAUACUGAUGGUGAUGAUGACGUGGGAUUUGUUGGUUGAGUAGAUGAGGAGGUGGUUUUAUCGUCGUUGUAUGGCAUGAUUGACUGUUUCCU